AUCUUCGGUCGAAGCAUCUCUAUUAACUCCUCUCUGAGUAUUCAAAUAUCUCGUCAACCAGAGCCCAUCAUGGGAGAAUCCAGACAAGAACUCAUCGCCUGGUUGAAUAACCUUCUCCAACUCAACAUCACAAAAGUCGAACAAUGUGGCACUGGAGCAGCGUUGUGCCAGGUCUUUGACAGCAUCUUCUAUGAUGUGCCCAUGGCGCGUGUCAAGUUCGACGCUAAUACCGAAUACGCUUAUCUACAAAACUUCAAGAUAUUACAGAAUGUAUUCGCUAAACAUCAAGUCGACAAGCCUAUCCCGGUCACGCAGUUGGUCAAGUGCAAGAUGCAAGACAACCUCGAGUUUCUCCAAUUCUGCAAGCGUUAUUGGGAUCAAUACUUCCCCGGGCACGAUUACGAUCCGCUUUCCCGUCGCAAGGGAGGAGCAGGUAUCUCUACUGGUGCCGGUGCUUCACGACCCGCUGCCUCGACCGCUCGCCGACCCGCCGCUAGCAACUCCGCCGCGCCUCGUACCCGGACACCACUUGGGGGUGGAGGUGGCGCUGCCAGUGCUGCGCUACGUGAGGAGAACAAUGUACUGAAGGAGACCGUGACUGGUCUGGAGCGCGAACGAGACUUCUAUUUCAGCAAACUCCGCGACAUUGAGUUGUUGAUCCAGCAAGCCAUGGAAGCCGAUCCUGAGCUUGAGAAGGAAGACGGACUUCUCAAACAGAUCCAGGCCAUCCUGUACUCGACCGAGGAAGGUUUCGAAAUUCCUGCAGAAGGCGAGGUGGGAGAAGAGGAGACAUUUUAG